AUGCCUAUCGAUAAACUUCCUUUACACUCUUACUUUUUCAGAUAUUACGAAACUGGUAGCUUUAAGGCUGGCGUCAUAGGCGGCUCGAAGCCAAAGGUCGCGACGCCACCAGUCGUUGACGCUAUCGCCAACUACAAGCGGGAGAACCCGACUAUGUUCGCUUGGGAGAUACGAGAUCGGCUACUGGCAGAAGGCAUAUGCUCACAAGAUAAUGUGCCCAGCGUAUCGUCCAUAAAUCGUUCUGUGAACAUCAAGGAUCCGCUCAUGUCCAUGAGCCUGCCUAGGGUGCAGCCAUUGGUCCCCACCUAUAUACAUAUACCCAUUUUUCGGGAUGAAAACCGCGAUGUAAAUAUGAACUCUGAAGAGGAAGUCAAGCGACAGCGAUUAGCCUACGGCGGCGACCAGAUAUAUACAAAUAUCUGGACUGGCAAAUGGUGCAUAAAAGACGAGCAUAAGUUGCUCUCAGAGCUGGGAAACUUUACAGGCUCGGCGACGGCGACGUCAACGACGACGGCGACUGGAAGUGGAUCAGCCUACUACGAGGCACCAAAUGGAUUUCCGACUAGCACAAUACCCUGUGCGGGCGUCGGCAAUGACUCGGCCAUGAUGUACGACAGCAUCGCAUCGAUAUCCCAAAGUCAAAGUUCGCUUUAUACGCCGCCAAUAGGCCCGGCGAUUGGCAGCAGCUCACUGACUCCACUUGUUCCUUUAAGUUUGCAAGACAUGAAGUUCAAUGCAAAUAAUCAGGACCAAAACAUAUCGCCAUUUUAUACAGCAAUUGCCAUUGAAAGUGGCAGCAGCUAUCCCACAAUAACGAGCCUGGACAGUGCCAACACGACGAUGGUUAUACGUGGCAAUAUUUCUGACCGAGGCAACUGCAAUGAUUCGCCCACUAACACUAAUGGUAAUGAUAAUGCUAAUCCCAACGCCGAUGUCGAUGCCAACUCCAAUGCUAAUGGUAGUGCUAAUUCUAAUACUAAUGUCAAUGCUAAUGCUAAUACCAACGCCGAUGCUAAUGAGCUUCAGAAUGUAGAUAGAGAUCCUGUUCAUGAAGUGUGUAGCAAUGAGAAUGCCAAUAACAAAAGAGCACGCAAUGAUAUGGCCAAACAGCGCGGGAGCAGUAUUAUUGACUUGCACAUACCCAUUAAUCAUCUAAUGCCCGACUCAUCAGCUGUCCAGGAUCAUCAUCAUCAGCAUCAUCACCAGCAGCAGCAGCAACAGCUGCAGCUGUCCAGCAAUGGAAACGCUAAUACCUCAUCUCUAAUAGUCUUACAAGCCAAUGCAAAUAGUUCUACGGUUGACGGACGGUCUGAUGUUGAUUAUAUUGCUGCCAAUAGCACAGCUAUUUAUGCCACGCCCCCAAUGCUUCCCAGUUUUAGCCACUACUCAGCAGCCUGCGGAUCAGUUGUACCAAGCGCUGAUUACGCGUAUAGUCCAGCUUAUACCCAAUAUGGAGGGACCUAUGGAUCGUACAGUUACGGAGCCAGUAGUGGCUUAAUAAAUUCAUCGUACUACUAUGAAGGCGGUCAGAAUCAACCAUCUCUCAAUCAGGACUUACGCUCGCCGCUAGCUGCUACCAGAGCCAAUUCUUUGGUUUCAGCAGCAUCGCCAACAGGCAGUGCGUGCACGAAAUCAGAGACAUCAGAUAUAUUUCUUGUGUAGUAGUACCAAAAUAUAUAAAUUUAAAUCCAUUAAUUUUAAUCAUUGUUCCAAAGAAACUUAUCUGUAGUUAUACACAUAUAUAUAUGACACAUUAUUACUCGUACAAUUACUCU